GUUUCCACUGCCAAGGAAACUAGCUGAGCCUCUCUUGUACAAACACACCCACACUCACAGACACACACACAGACGCACACUCACCAAACAGGAAGACUGUACCUGUUUACUGCGCGUUGGCUGGGAACUGUCAGAGUUGUCUGUGAAGACAGAGAUUUAAAUGACACCAGUAUCAGGACCACUGGCAUCCCAGUGAAGGAGUUUGGCUGAGACAAAUUGGACUACUCACUUAAACACAAUUGGAUUCCUGAUUGUACACAAACAAAGAUCAUGGCUGCCUUCUUGCAACCUGUAUGAGUGGAUUACAAGAUCUGGGAUGAUGCUUUUCUAACCGAGACCUACAAACCUGCAACUGUCAACAAUGUUCACCCCGAGAAAAAGCAGUCUGCCCUCCCCCAGCAUGGAGGACUCCUUCUUCCCUCUGUCCUCAUCUUCCUCAAUGUCUCUCUCCUUUGCUCUCCCUUCAUCUACCUCCUCUCCUGGCUGUCUCGAUGGCACAGGAGAGAUAGAGACAGAUCUGAUCCUGGCUGCGGAGCUGGGACAGGCGUUGCUGGAGAAGAAUGAGGAGCUGGCGGCCUCUCUGGAGCAGAGGGAGAGGGAGAUGGAGGUUUUACAGCAGGAAAAGCAUGUUCUUCAGAGGAGGCUGGAGAUGAAUGAACUGGACUCUGGACAGAAAGAGGCAGAGCUGACGGCGGAUUUGUUCUCCCUGAGGGCCGAGGUGGAGCGCCAUCACAGCCAUGGAAGAGACCGCAGGAGAGACGAGAGCGAGCAACUGACUCAGUUGGCCAAUCAUAACCAACGAUUGGUGGAGCAGCUGGCAGAGGCUGUAACACUGGAGCACUCCUUGAGGAUUGAGCUUCGUUCCCUCAGGGAAGAGAUGGAUGAAUCGUCUUUCAGCAGAAAUAUCAGCUUCUCCCAGAUACAGAAUAUUCAAGCCGAGAAUCGAGUUUUGCUGGAGCGGCUGUCGUACAUGGAGGCCCAACUCAAAGCCUCACAGGAGGACGGCGACAGACUCCGAAUGGAGAGAGAGGGACAGAGAGAGAGAAUAUCUGACCUGCAGAUGAAACUGAAGGACAAAGAAGCAGAGAUAGAGCAGGAGCAGGGAGUGGUGUUUGAGUUGCGUACCUUGAAUCGCUCUCUGAAGCAAAAAGCUCUGGGCCAGGGAGAGGAGAGCUUCCUGGACAGUGCUCACACACAACCUCUGUCUCUGCUUAGUGAGAUUCAGCAAUCACAGGCUAAAGAGGCUCUUCUAGCUCAUUCUACAGUCCUGCAAGCAAGAGACGAAGAGAUACAGACACUCAAAGAAGAGCUACAGUCCCAGCGAGAAGAGCUGGAGACUUUGAGGGAAGAAGUCAAGCAGUUCGGAGGCAGUAAAGAAAAGCCGAGCUACAGUUCCUUGGAGAGUGAGUUGGCCACAGUGCGCCAGGAGAAAGAAUCCCUUACUCAGCAGCUUCUCAACACCAUCAAACACAAGGUGGCGCUGUCUCAGGAGCUGGAAGCCUGGCAGGAGGACAUGCGUCUGGUGAUCAAUCAGCAGGUGCAGCAACGGGAGGAGAAGAGAGAGCAGGACAAAGAGCAGGAGAGAGAAAAGACAGUGGGACUCCAAAGAAGCAAAUCUCUGAGAGUGAAGGGAGACGGAGCGAAGAGAUUCUUCUCCUUUUUCAGAGACAAAUAACUGUCAGCAGUUUAAACGGACUGAGAAUCAGCUUUUAUCUUUGCCACUGGGAGCUGAUGUUGCCACAUGCGCUGUUAUCAGAAUCAACAAGUCAAAUGUUUACAGACCUUACAUAUGAAUAUAUUUGUAUAUACAGUAGAUGGGUGUACAGUAACAGUAAUAUCACUUUUUUUUGCAUUUUUGUAUUAAAAGGUUUUAAAAGCCACUAAUGAAUAA